AUGCCUACACCUGAAGACCCGCCUUGCUGUCUGAGCUGGAUCAACGCCCAAGUCACCAUGAAUGUAGUGAUUGGUCAGAGCCUCCUGCUUCAGGACUGGAAGAACCUCCAGUCUCUGACACCAUGUGCAACUCCUCUUGUGGCUCCUGCUGCUCUGGCCAGGGCUGUGGCUGCUGCCAGCCCAGGUGCUGCCAGACCACCUGCUGCCGCCCCAGCUGCUGUAGCUCCAGCUGCUGCAGCCCCUGCUGUGGUGGCUCCAGUGGCUAUGGAGGUUCUAGUGGUUGUGGCUCCUGCUGCUGCUGCCCCACUUGCCUCCAGACCACCUGCUGCAGAACCACCUGCUGCCGCCCCAGCUGCUGUGGGUCCAGCUGCUGCAGCCCCUGCUGUGGUGGGGGCUCCAGUGGCUGUGGCUCCUGCUGCUGCCAGCCCAUCUGCUGUAGGACCACCUACUGCCGCCCCAGCUGCUGUGGCUCCAGCUGCUGCAGCCCCUACUGUGGUGGCUCCAGUGGCUGUGAAGGUUCCAGUGGCUGUGGCUCCUGCUGCUGUCGCCCCUGCUGCUGUGUCUCCACUUACUGCCACCCUUGCUGCUGCCGCCCCAUCUGCUGUAGGACCACCUGCUGCCCCCCCAAUUACUGUGGCUCCUGUUGAUGCGCCCUAUGUGCUGACAGUCUGUGCAGCUGGCCCCCUUGCUCCCAGUCACCCCAGGAGCUACAUAUCAGCUCCUGCAGACCCUCUGCUGCAGCCCCAGAAGCUGCCAGAACCCCUGCUGCACAUCCCAGUGCUGCCCUCACCUGCUGGGCUUCCAGCUGCUGCCCCCCUGUUUGUCUCCAGUCCACCUGAUGCUCCCAGUCUGCUCUAAUGGUUCCUGCUGCUGAGAUCUGACCUCAUCUCUGUUCUUCAACCAGUGUCCUCCAAGGCCUCCAUCUCUCAGCCCCACAGGAUGCAAUAACAGGACACUCCCAUCCCCCACUGCCUGCUCAGUCUCUGACCAAUGUCAGCCUCCCUCUACUCUCAUCUUACCCCUUUGGAUAGUAUUGCUCUCUGACUUGCUGUCUCAUGUGGACAUAGACCUGCAUCUUCAAUAAAUAUACAA